AUGGCAUACUACGGCGGGCAGCAGUCGUACAACUACGCGCCUAACAAUCGAUAUCAGUCUCCAGCGCACCCAGGACAGCCGCCCAUUCCGCCGCCCUAUCCACCAGCUUCCGCGCAACCGCAACCGCCCUUCUCCCCGCCCUACUCUCCUGCAUCUGCACACGCACCCUACGGUUCGCACUCGCCCUAUCCUCAAACACAGUCUGGGUACAAUCGCCCGCCGCCGCCGCCGCCGCCUCCGGGUCCGCCGCACUCGCCGUAUCCGGGCCAGCAGAACCAACAGUAUCAACAACAGCCCUAUGGUCAGCAGCAACAACCUUAUGGACAACAACAGCAGCAGCCUUAUGGACAACAGCAAGCCUAUGGACAAACUCAGUACGGCCAGCAACCGCCCUCUGGAAAUCCAUAUGGCCAACCCGGUCAAGGUCCCCCGGGCCAGUACGGAGCUCCACCUUCAGGAGGCCAGUACGGUGGUCCCCCACAACAGCAGGGACCCCCUGGCGACCCCGCCGCAUACAGACAGCUCCUGCAGGCAUGCAUCCAGGAGAAGAACCUAGGAUCUUUCUAUCCACCAGGCUCGCAGGUCGUCGAGCAGAUCGCGCAGAAGGCUCCCCAACUCAUUAGCCAGGUCAUCUCACGAUGGAAGCUUCCAAAAGAAAUUGCCAAUGAUGUAGUCAAGCUUGCUCUAUACGACAUCUGGCUAUAUAUCGACGACUCCGGCUCAAUGCAGUUCGAAGAGGGUGGCGAGCGGAUAAAGGACCUGCGCGUCAUCCUGGAGCGGGUCGCUUUCGCCGCGACGCUCUUCGAUGCUGAUGGAAUCAAUGUCCGAUUCAUGAACACCAAUCUGCCCGAUAACUUAGCAAACCACGUCGCCCAAGAAGCCCAGAUCGAAAACCUCAUGCGUGGCGUCCAGUUCAAGGGUCUCACUCCCAUGGGAACCAGCUUGAAGAAGAAGAUCAUCGACCCACUCGUUCAGCAGGCCCGCUCGGGUCAAUUCAGGAAACCUGUGCUGGUCAUAACCGUCACCGAUGGACAGCCGGCUGGUGAGCCGCAAAAUGCCGUCCUGGAUGCCAUCAAUGAGGCCGUUCGAUCACUACCUCCUGGUGGUAUUGCUUUCCAGUUUGCCCAGGUCGGCAACGAUCAAGCUGCGCGCGCAUUCCUCGGGAAGUUGGAUGAAGACCCGCAGCUUGAUAGGUUCAUCGACUGCACGUCGAACUUUGAGAAUGAGCAAGAGGAAAUGGCCCGUGCUAACCCUCCCGUUGAUCUCACACCCGACCAGUGGAUCCUGAAGCUGAUUCUCGGUGCCAUCGAUUCCAGCUACGACACACAAGAUCAGAAGAGCAACCGCCCGGCUGGUGGUUACGGAGGUCCUCCCCAACAGGGCUACGGCGGCCCCCCUCAGCAAGGUUACGGACAGCCUCCUCAGCAGGGUUACGGACAGCCGCCCCAGCAAGGUGGUUACCCGCCGCAGGGUCAGCAAUACGGAGGCCCCCCUCAGCAAGGAUACGGACAGCCGCCUCAGGGCUACCCUCCACAGGGUCAGGGUCAGGGCCAGUAUGGCGCACCCCCACCUGGUGGUCGCCCGCCGCAAGGUGGUCCUGGAGGCUACCCUGGCCAGCAGCCUCAGUACGGUGCACCUCCCCCAGGGGGCCGUUACUAG